AUGCAGUUUGAGCAUCUCAUUGUUAAACCAGUUCGAGAGGUGUUUCAAGACACUGGAACACCUCUUCUUAUUGUUAUUGAUGCUCUUGAUGAAUGUGACCAGUAUGAGAAGCUUUUACCUUCAUUGAAGUCCUGGUCUUGGCUGCUUCCCAAGUGUCUGAAAAUUUUCAUCACAAGUCGUCGCUAUCUUGCUAUUCAGGGAACACUGGAUUCUGUUAGCCAGCAUAUUGAUCUUCAUACUGGGGAUCAAGUUUCUGAUCAGACCUCUCAAGAUCUUGAGCUUUACUUUACUACAAGAUUCUCUCACAUGACUAGAUUGCAAACAUCACUGCAUUUGGAUUGGCCUGGUCCAGAUAAAAUUUCCUUUCUUGUAAGGAAGGCUGCUGGCCUCUAUAUCUGGGCUAAAUCUGCAAUGGACUUUAUUUUGCACAGAGGUGGUGACACUGAAGAAAGGUUGAAUGUCAUUUGCUCUGACUCUGGGGAAGGCAUUGAUGCUAUUGACACCUUGUACCAGCACAUUGUUUCUGUUGCUUUCCAAGGGUUAAGAGAAGCAGAGAAAAGUUCUUUAUCAUCAGUUUUAGGAGCAAUUGUUAUUGCAAAGAACCCACUUUGUGCAAGUGAUCUUGAACAGCUUUUGGGAGUUCAAGGUGUAUUGUUGAUAGUUAGCCAACUCAGCCCAGUACUGUUAAUCAGUGAUUCUGGCCAUUUGCAGAUCUGUCAUCAGUCAUUUACAGAUUUUCUGCUUGACCAAAAGCGCUCUAAGGCUUUUUGGGUAGAUGCUCAGAAGCAUAGUCUCUGUUUUGCUGGAUCUUGCAUGAAAUAUAUGAGUGCAAAGCUCAAAUUCAACUUUUUUGAUCUGAAAACAUCACAUAUUCUAAAUAAAGAUGUUCCAAACCUGAUGGACCAUAUUAGAAAUGUGAAAUCUACUGCUCUAGCUCAUGCAAGCUACUUCUGGGCACUUUAUCUGCAAACAUAUUCUGAUGAGGUAUUGCAAGAGGAGAUAAUAGUUCAGAUGGAGGAUUUUUUGAUGAACCAUCUUUUACAUUGGCUAGAAAUUAUGAGCCUGAUGGAGGCUGUAAAUCAUGCCGCUCACUUACUGCUGUUGACUGAAAAUUGGUGCAGUGCAUUGAAGCCUAGUAUGUCAGAGUUUGCAAGUGAUGCAAACCAAUUUAUAAUGACAUUCUUUGAGCCAAUAUCUGAAUCAGCACCACACAUUUACAUCUCAGCACUGCCAUUUGCACCUCAAAAUUCUAAAAUAUGUCUGCAUUUCAUGAAAUGUUUUGUAAAGACUUUGACAAUUGAGAAUGGUCAGAUGAAGCAGUGGCCACACAGGUGCCUUCUCAGAAUAAAGGGUAGUAGUGGUCCACUUGCAUAUUCACCUGAUGGCAGGCACAUUGUCUCUGGAUCUGAUGAAGGAGCUAUUCAUAUCUGGGAUGCUUUCACAGGCCAUAAUGUUAUGAAGCUUGAAGGCUAUGCUGACCAUAUUACUUCAAUUGUAUAUUCUCCUGAUGGGAAACACAUAAUCUCAGGAUCUUUUGACAAGACAAUCAGAGUGUGGAAUGCUUUGACAGGCCAGUGUAUCAUGGGUCCUGUCAAAGGCCAUGAUGAUUGGGUUAGUUCAGUUGCAUUUUCUCCAGAUGGUGGGCACAUUGUCUCUGGAUCAGGUGAUAAGACAAUCAGAGUCUGGAAUACUCUGACAGGCCAGUGUGUCAUGGAUCCUCUAAAAGGCCAUGGUGGUGGUGUUAAUUCAGUUGCAUAUUCUCCAAGUGGCUGGCAUAUUGUUUCAGGGUCCUCUGAUCACACAGUCAGAAUCUGGAAUGCUGGAACAGGUCAGUGUGUGAUGCAUCCACUCUUUGGUCAUGAUGAUGUGGUCAACUGUGUUGCAUAUUCUCCUGAUGGAAUGAAUAUUGUUUCUGGAUCUUAUGACAAGACAAUCAGAGUCUGGGAUGCUUCAUCUGGUCAGAGUGUAAUGGUUCUUUAUAGAGGCUCUGACCCCAUCCAAACAAUAGCUUUUUCUCCUGAUGGCAAGCACAUUCUGUGUGGAACUACAAACCACAUAAUUAGACUGUGGAAUGCUCUGACAAGUCACUGCAUGUUAAGUCCUCUUGGAGAUGAUGAGGGCUCAGUUGAUUCAGUUGCUUUUUCACCCGAUGGCAAGCAUAUUAUUUCUGGAUGUGGGGAUAUGAUCAAAGUUUGGGAUGCUCUGACAAGUCACACUGAGAUAGAUCAUGUAAGAGGCCAUGACAAGGCAAUAGGAUCAGUUGCAUUUUCUCCUAAUGGCAAACACAUUGUCUCUGGGUCUAAUGAUGCAACACUCAGAAUUUGGGAUGCUCUGACAGGUAUAAGUGUCAUGGGUCCACUUAGAGGUCAUGACAGGGAGGUUACAUCAGUUGCAUUUUCUCCUGAUGGCAGAUAUAUUGCCUCUGGAUCUCAUGAUUGCACAGUCAGAGUCUGGGAUGCUUCAACAGGUCAGUGUGUCAUGGAUCCUCUCAAAGGCCAUGAUCAAGAAGUCAUUUCUGUUGCAUUUUCUCCUGAUGGUAGAUACAUUGCCUCUGGAUCUUUUGAUAAGACAGUCAGGGUCUGGAAUGCACUGACAGGGCAGAGUGUGUUGGAUUUUUUCACAGGCCACAAUAAUCGGAUUUAUUCAGUUUCAUUUUCUCCAGAUGGCAGAUUCAUCAUCUCUGGGUCUGGAGACAGAACAAUCAGAGCAUGGGAUGCCCUGACAGGUCAAAGUAUAAUGAACCCUCUUAAAGGUCAUAAGUAUGGUGUUAUGUCUGUUGCCUUUUCUCCUGAUGGAAGGUAUAUUGUGUCUGGAUCUCAUGAUAAAACUGUCAGAGUGUGGGAUUUUCACACAGGUCAAAGUGUGAUGACUCCUCUCAUGGGGCAUGAUUCUCAUGUUAGUUCAGUUGCAUUCUCUCCUGAUGGGAGGUACAUUGUUUCUGGUUCUCAUGACAAAACAAUUAGACUCUGGCAUGCUCUAACAGGUGACAGUUUGGGAGAUCCAUUUAAAGGCCAUUACAAUAGAGUUCAAUCAGUUGUAUUCUCCCCUGAUGGUAGGCAUAUUGCUUCUGGCUCUUCAGACAAUACUAUCAAACUCUGGGAUGCUCAUGAAGCCUGCAUAGACUUAAAUCCCUUAGCUCCUUCAGUUGCAUUGUCAUCCACAUUCUUGCCAUCUCGAGUCAGAAUCAAUGUUAAUGACACUGAUACCCAUCACGGUGUAUCCCGCAUGUUCAAGAGAAACCUUGUUGGUUUUUAUCCCUCUGAGGGACAGACAGUUAGAAAUUGGAUGAUGGGAGAAGAUUCCAAGUCAUAUCUCUUCUGGGUUCCACCAAGAAAUAAGCAUGGUUUACUCUUUCCACGAACAGUCAAUGUAUUGGGCACCACUCCAACUAUACUUGAUUUUAGUAACUUUGUCCAUGGUACAAAUUGGAGCCAAUGUUUUUCACCAGUCUUAUAA